AUGGAUAGCUACGACACAUUCCGUUUUAUCCUACAUCUUCUCUUUAUACUCCUAAUCGUACUUGGUAGUCUACUGAUACUCCUAGUAAUCUACAUCACAAAGCAGUACCAGUCCCCGAGCGGCGUUCUCAUUGGUAACCUGGCCUUAAUAGAUUUACUGGUUGGCGGUUUUUUACUCCCGUUCGGCAUACCGGCACUUUUUUUCGACGGUUGGUCGAGUGGACGCGAAUUGUGCGUUUUAAACGGUUUUACAAACCAAGUGUUAUCAUGUGUUGCACCAGGAGGCCCUGGGUACGAGGUUGGUGUUGCACUUUUAACCCUGGCUGCAAUUUCAUUGGAUCGUUAUGUAGCAAUUAUCCACGCGAUACGAUAUCAUCAGAUAAUGACCUUGAAACGAGUCUGGUUAAUAAUUUUUAUACUCUGGGUGUUCGGGGUGAUAUCUGGGAUAUUUCCCUUGCUUGGUUGGGGACGGUAUAUAUAUCUGCAUGGUACAUCGCUAUGUGUCACAGAUUUCAAGAGCGAUAAAUCUUUCACAUUGUUCAUAUUUGUUGUAGUUUUUGGUAUUCCACUAAAUGUGAUAUUUGUUACAUACUUUCAAAUAUUCAGGGCUGUAAGAAAGCAGGUCAGGGCAAUCAGGUGUAACUACGUACACCCAACAAAUCAGAUGAUAUAUGAACUGGACAAAGUUCAGCAAGCCAAUCAGAAGGCAAAUCAAUUGACCAACAAUGAGAUUCGAGUUCGACAAACCAAUCAGUUGACUAAUGAUCAAUUGACAAGUGAGGAUGCAGUUCAGCUAACCAAUCAAAUCACAGAAGAAUUGGCCAAUGAGAACACUGUUUAUUCAACCAAUCAAAGUGCAUUUCGAUUGACCAAUGAUACUGUAGUUCAGCUAUCCAAUCAAACCACAGAAGAAUUGGCCAAUGGGAACACGGUUUAUUCAACCAAUCAAAGUGCACUUCAAUUGACCAAUGAUACUGCACUUCAGUUAACCAAUCAAGGCACAAAUAAAUUGACCAAUGGAAAUGCAGUUCAUCAAAGUAUAGCCCAAUGGACCAAUGAAAAUGAAGUUCAGCUAACCAAUCAAACCGCAGGUCAAUUGACCAAUGAGAAUGCAGUGCAGCUAACCAAUCCGAGAGCAAGUCAAUUGCCAAAUGAAAACACGUUUCACCCAACUUAUCGGAACUCAGUUGAAUUGACCAAUGAAAAUGCAGUUCACUCACCAAUGUUGGAUACAUUGACCAAUCAGCGUGAAUCGUUCCCCACCAAUCAGGACACUCCGCGCACAACUUCUUUAACCAACCAAAAUACCCCAUUUCAUCCACAGGCCAAUCAGAGCAAAGCAAAAGCCUACACAACCAAUCAGAAUAAAGAGCAUAAACCAACUAAAACGACAUUACCAAAACGCAAAAGUUUUCACACGAAAUUGAAACAAGAAUCCAAGGCGGCGCUAACAAUGCUAGCAAUAAUUGGAGUGUUUGUGCUGUCUUUGACCCCUUUCGCUGUUUAUAAUUUAUAUUGUUUACACACGGGCAAACGAUACGAAACUGCAGAUUUUAUAACCUCGAAAGUUGCCUAUAGCAACGCUAUCUUUAAUCCGCUGGUAUAUGGUAUGAUGAAUCCGCUUUUCAGGAAAGGAUUCUAUCAAGUUUUCUAUACGAUAUUUAGAUGCAAAAGAAACAAAGUUUAG